ACUUUCUGGGAAGAUAAAAAAUAUGCCCCCCUUCUUCCUACCUGUGCAAGUCAAAUAUCCUGUAAUUGUAAGUAAUUGUUUUCUGCCUCUGAUAGCCUGCUGCUUCAGUAGACAAUGACCCAGCCACAGUCUGUAGUGGGGCUAAAGCUGCUUCUCCUUGGUGCUUGUCUCACUGAAGAUGGUGUGGAGGAGGGGAGGGAAGGUAGUUUAAACAGGUUUUUUUUAUCUCUGUUGGAUCCCUGUCAGCAAGGGGAGGAGGAGGUGAAGAGCAAUGACCUGAGCAUAACAAAUGCUGUUACCCUCUUGCAUCACAAUUAUUUCAUUUCUGAGGGGAAGUUAGAAGCAACAACAGCAAUAAAAGCAGCGGUUUCUGCCUUGUCUUCCACAGCAGUAUCAACAGGCAUCUGUACCAUGACACUCCACUGCAUGCGUCUUUUUCUUUUACUUCUGCUUGGUUCAUGGUGGCCAGACUCAGAGAAGCAUGUGGUGGGAGCUGUGAAGGUCAGGGAGCACUAUAUAGCUGCUCAGAUCACUAGCUGGACCUACAAACCGGAGUCUGAGGAAAAGUCCAGAGUGGAACUUUCAGAUCCUGUGUUUAAGAAAAUUUCUUACAGAGAAUAUGAAGUGGAUUUUAAAAAAGAAAAGCCAGCAAAUACAUUUGCAGGGCUUCUGGGACCAACUCUGCGUGCUGAAGUGGGAGAUACUUUAGUAGUUCACCUUAAGAAUAUGGCUGACAAGCCAGUCAGUAUUCAUCCCCAAGGCAUAGUUUACAACAAAAAUGCAGAAGGCUCCCUGUAUGAUGACAGAACAUCAUCUGCAGAAAAACGAGAUGAUGCUGUACUUCCAGGCCAGGUCUACACGUAUGUGUGGGAUAUAACAGAAGAAGUUGGUCCAAGAGAAGCUGAUCUUCCUUGUCUUACUUAUGCAUAUUAUUCUCAUGAGAACAUGGCAAUGGAUUUUAAUUCUGGACUGAUUGGAGCACUGCUUAUCUGUAAGAAAGGAAGCCUAAAUGAGGAUGGGUCACAGAAACUUUUCGACAAGGAGUAUGUACUGAUGUUUGGUGUGUUUGAUGAAAACAAGAGUUGGCAAAGAUCACCAUCACUCAAGUACACAAUUAAUGGCUAUACUGAUGGAACAUUACCAGAUUUAGAGGCUUGUGCAUAUGACAACAUUAGCUGGCAUUUGAUAGGAAUGAGUUCCAAGCCAGAAAUUUUCUCCAUUCAUAUCAAUGGCCAGUCCAUGGAGCAAAGACAUCGCAGAGUUUCUACUGUUAACUUAGUGGGAGGAGCAUCAACCACAGUAAACAUGACAGUGAGUGAGGAAGGAAGGUGGCUGAUAUCUUCUCUUGUCCAAAAGCACCUGCAAGCUGGAAUGCACGGUUACCUCACUAUAAGAGACUGUGGGGACAAAGAGGUGAAGAAGAGUCGUCUCUCCUAUAAAGAACGUCUUAUGGUCAAAAGCUGGGAAUAUUUCAUUGCUGCAGAAGAAGUUACUUGGGAUUAUGCCCCGACUAUUCCAGACAGCCUUGAUAAACACUAUAAAGCGCAGCACUUGGACAACUUCUCAAACCUCAUAGGUAAAAAGUAUAAAAAGGCUAUUUUUAGGCAAUAUACUGAUGCCAGCUUCACUAAACGUCUGGAAAAUCCUCGUCCCAAGGAAACUGGAAUCUUGGGGCCUGUUAUCAGAGCUCAACUCAAUGACAAAGUCAAAAUUGUAUUCAAAAAUAAGGCCAGUCGACCCUACAGCAUUUACUUCCAUGGAGUGACGCUUUCAAAGAAUGCAGAAGGAGUUGAUUAUCCUCUGGAUCCCACAAGCAAUGGCACCCAGAGUAGAGGAAUUGAACCAGGGAAGACAUACACUUACGAAUGGAAAAUUGCUAAAAUGGACCAACCCACUGCACAGGAUGCACAAUGUAUUACAAGGCUAUAUCACAGUGCUGUAGAUAUUGAGAGAGAUAUAGCCUCUGGACUGAUUGGACCACUUCUGAUUUGUAAAAGUGAAGCAUUGACACAGAAGGGUGUGCAGAAAAAGGCAGAUGGGGAGCAGCAGGCAAUGUUUGCUGUGUUCGAUGAAAAUAAGAGCUGGUACAUAGAGGAUAACAUCAAGGACUACUGCAGCAACCCUGCCAGUGUUAAAAGAGAUGAUCCCAAGUUCUAUAACUCAAACAUAAUGCACACAAUAAACGGCUAUGUGUCUGACAGCAGUGAAAUACUUGGAUUUUGCCAAGAUAAUGUGGUUCAGUGGCACUUCUCCAGUGUUGGCACUCACGAUGAGAUUGUCUCUGUUCGCCUUUCUGGGCACUCUUUUCUGUAUCAAGGCAAAUACGAAGAUGUGUUGAACCUUUUCCCAAUGAGUGGAGAAUCGGUCACAGUGGAAAUGGACAAUGUUGGUACUUGGCUUUUAGCAUCCUGGGGUACCCCAGAGAUGAGUUACGGCAUGAGGCUGAGAUUCAGAGAUGCCAGAUGUGACUAUGAGGAAGAUGACACAUUUGAUGUUGUGGAUUUCAGUUACACCAAGACUGAUAAAAAGGCUGUUUCCACCUCAGUUGAAGAUGUGCAAGAAGAAGAAGAAGGAGAUAAGGAGGAUUCGGAUUAUCAGGAUUACCUGGCUUCUUUUUACUCCAUCCGAAGCUCAAGGAAUGCAACAGGCGAUGGAGAAAAACAAAACCUUACAGCACUGGCCUGGGAACAGUAUGAAGGCACUGAUGCCAUGAGUUCUGAGGUGGCAGCUGGCUCAGGUCUGACAGCUAUAAAUAGUACUGAAUCCACAAACACCUCUAAGUUCUUAGAAACUCAUAUCACUCCUCUUCCCCCAGUUGAGGCUGAAACAUUCCAGUCAAAUCACACAUCAGUCACAGCAGAAGAGGACUUAUUUUUAGCUAGCAUAAGUGAUGGAAAGGCUGACUUGUUAUUUGAGAAUAGAAGCCAAAGCAAUUAUGAAAUAGAUCAUGGUAAUGUGUCUGCAGGUCCACACUUGCUGAGCAAUGGGGAAGGCCAAAUGAAUAUUGCAGAAGAGCUUCCAACUGGUGGAAAGGACAGUAAAUUUUCUUCAGGAAAGCAUCAGGAGGAAAGCACAGGAAGAGGAAAUUAUAACGUUAACAGUAGAAGGAAAAGGCGAAACUCACUGGCCAUUAAGUUUUACUCCAUCCAAAAGAUGAAUGCCCUUCUAAAUCAUGUACGAAAUAAAAAUGUCUCAUUUUCUGACAAGACAAGUGCACCUCAUUCUGUGCAUCAUGCAGAGAACACAACCGAUAUAGACAUGGUGGGAACUGGCCAGCUUCCAAAUGAUGAUGAUGAUGAUGAUGAUGAACUGGAAGAAGAGGAAACCAAGAUGGAAAAUGCCACGCACGCAGUUAACUUGACACUUGCUUUGGACCUCAUUGUAGAAGAUGGGUCUAAUGCAUCCAGUGUCUCUGAACCCAAGCUAUCCAAAGAUAAACAAGCAGAUGCUUUUUCUUCAGAUCAUACAUUAGGCGAUAUAAGCCCUAAUUCCAGCCCUGCACUGGUGAAGAACUUACUAGAAGCAUCAUUGCCCAGGGCUGGGAAAUAUUCAUCGAAAAUGACAAAUGAGGAAUGGAAUUUGGUGUCUGCAAAGGGGACUCUGGGAUUAGAGGCAAAUUUAGAUAAAUCUGUUAGUAGUAAGUUAAAUCAUCGUAGCAGAAAUGGUACAGCAUUCGUGAAUAAGAAGCCUAUGAAGAAGUAUCAAGGGUUCUCACAUCUAAUGGGAGAAAACAAGAAAAGGAGCCACAUGCACCCAACUCUGAAAGGAAGGGGGAGGAACAAGAAUGAUACUUUGAGUACAUCUGGAACCUUCAUCAAGAUCCGAAGGAAGAAAAAGGAAUAUCCAAAAAUGACUCACUUGCUAAGCCCAAGGAGUAAAAAGCCCCAAAAAAUCACCAGUUCUAUGGCAGGGUUUGGUCGUACGUUGUUUCCAGGUGAGACCAACCACACAACACUGCCAUGCUGCACUAACACCACAGGGGCACCCACUGAGGCCAACCAUACAGUUGAUCUGAGUAGAGCCAGGCAUGGAGAGUCGCUAAAUUACACGCUCACCCCACGGCAGCUUAAGCCAUCGAUCACGAUUGGACUUCCCCAAGAAAAUGGAGACUACGAAUAUGUUGUGGAAGGAUCUUACGGUGAGGAAACAUCAGGUGGUGAAUACGAAUACCAUUAUGUGACCUUUGAUGACCCAUACAUGACAGACCCCAAAGUGAAUAUCAACGAACAACGCAACCCAGACAACAUUGCUGAACAUUACCUGCGUAGCAAAGGGAAUGAGAGGAGAUACUAUAUUGCAGCUAAAGAGGUCUGCUGGAACUAUGCUGGAUAUAAAAAAAGUACAAUGAUGAAUGACAAAACCUGUAAAGAUGGCAGCACAUAUAAGGUGAUUUUCCAAAGCUAUACAGACAGUACCUUUACAACUCUUCAGGAUGAAGAUGAAUAUAGAGAACACCUUGGCAUCCUGGGGCCAGUUAUCCGGGCUGAAGUGGACGAUGUUAUCCUAGUUCAUUUUAAGAAUUUGGCAUCCAGACCAUAUUCCCUCCAUGCUCAUGGACUCUUCUAUGAAAAGUCCUCUGAGGGAAGCAUUUAUGAUGAUGAAUCUACUGCUUGGUUUAAGGAAGAUGAUGAAGUUCAGCCAAAUAACAGCUAUAUAUAUGUAUGGUAUGCAAACAGGCGAUCGGGACCUGUGCAGUCAGGAGCAGCUUGUCGGUCCUGGAUCUACUACUCUGAUUUAAAUCUGGAGAAAGAUAUUCACUCUGGUUUGAUUGGGCCGAUACUGAUCUGUCAAAAAGGAACCUUCAGAAACUCAAACAAUAGCAGAACGUCGACCCGUGACUUUUUCUUGCUUUUUAUGAUCUUUGAUGAAGAAAAAAGCUGGUACUUUGACAAACGUUCUAGAAGGCCUUGUACUGAGAAGACCCAAGAAAUGCAGCAGUGCAACAAAUUCUAUGCCAUUAAUGGGAUUACCUACAAUUUGCAAGGCUUGAGGAUGUAUGAAGGUGAACUGGUCCGAUGGCAUUUGCUGAAUAUGGGUGGGCCAAAAGACGUUAACGUUGUUCAUUUUCAUGGACAGACCUUCAUAGAACAAGGAGAGCCAAACCAUCAGCUUGGUACAUACACACUCCUUCCAGGCUCAUUUAGAACAAUUGAAAUGAAACCACAGAGACCUGGCUGGUGGCUUUUAGACACUGAAGUGGCGGAAUAUCAGCAAGCAGGAAUGCAGGCAUCCUAUUUGGUUAUAGAGAAAGAGUGCAGGAUUCCAAUGGGUUUAGCAAGUGGAGUUAUACUCGAUUCACAAAUCGAUGCUUCACAUCAUAUAGACUACUGGGAACCUAAGUUAGCCCGAUUAAACAAUUCUGGAACAUACAAUGCUUGGAGCACUACAAUGGAAAAAGAAGAACUCCCUUGGAUCCAGGUGGACUUUCAAAGACAAGUCCUUUUAACUGGGAUACAGACGCAGGGAGCCAAGCAGUUUUUAAAGUCCUUGUACGUCCAGAAGUUCUUUAUCAUUUACAGCAAAGACAAACGGAAGUGGAGCACCUUCAAAGGAGACAGCUCUCCAGCACAAAAGAUUUUUGAAGGUAAUUCUGAUGCCUAUGGGGUAAAAGAAAACAUCAUUGAUCCCCCUAUUAUUGCUAGGUACAUCAGAGUCUACCCAACCGAGGCCUACAACAGGCCUACUCUUCGCAUGGAGCUUCUGGGCUGUGAAGUAGAUGGUUGCUCUUUGCCACUUGGAAUGGAAAACGGAGAGAUCAAGAAUACCCAAAUAACAGCCUCGUCUGUUAAGACAUCCUGGUUUAACACAUGGGACCCUUCACUUGCUCGUCUCAAUCAGAAAGGAAAGAUAAAUGCCUGGCGAGCCAAGUUGAACAACAACCAACAGUGGCUGCAAAUUGAUCUCCUCUCAAUUAAGAAGAUAACUGGUAUUGCUACUCAGGGGGUCAAGUCCAUAUCUGCUGAAAACUUCGUGAAAACCUAUGUUAUCCUAUACAGCGACCAAGGCUCAGAGUGGAAAUCCUAUACAGAUGGUUCAAGCUCAGUGGCAAAGGUUUUCUUGGGUAAUGAAAACAGCAAUGGGCACGUCAAGCAUUUCUUUAACCCACCCAUCCUGUCCAGGUUUAUCCGCAUUGUUCCAAGAACAUGGUAUCAUGGUAUUGCCCUGCGGGCAGAACUCUAUGGCUGUGAUUUUGGUGGGGGUCUGGCUGUGAAAAGGACUGACAAGUCUGGGAGCGCUUAACCUUUCAGCAAUUGUCAUGCAGAACAAUUUUUUUAAAACCCUUAAAACAAUCAUACUUAGUAGUUUGGAUGUGUGCUUCCUCAAAGGACCUUAAUGUUUUGCCAGCAAGAAUUGAGAGAGAUUUCUCUGGCAGAUGUUUCAUUCCUACAAAUACACACUUUAGAAAACAGUUUCUUUUCUCUGGGAAGAAAUAGCAGUCCCUUCUGAUUUGUAUUAUAACUUCUUCAUUCUAACCAGUACUCUGUCUUACUUUUUACUUAAUGUUAAGUUCUAAAUCCCUAGGGAUGGAGACUCUGGCCUUUAUCCUCUGCCCUGAUUAUCUCCAUUUUGUAAUGCUUCUGUAGCACAGAGGAGGAAUAAAAAGCUACAGCAGGUGGAUGUUCUCCAUACAUAGGGCUGAGAGGGAAAACCAAUGCAGAUAUGGAGCUGUGGUGCUGCAUUCCAGCAAAGCCUUGGUAAGAAAUGAUUGUAGGGGUGGCCUCGCCCCAACAUGUCUUUCGUCUAUACUACGACAAAGGUAGAAUGCAUCCCAGCAUUGAGGCGUGUGUAACCCCUUCUUAGAGAAUGUGGGUUCACAUUAUUCAUUUGGUUCUUACGUACCAAGCACACCUGAAAUGCUGUGGAUUUCACACAAUUCAUCUUCGGUGCCCUGGCAAGAGGAGGGGGAGUCAGCAGUAUCUUUCUUUCCCAGAAAUGAGAAGGGAGGUGAUUUAACCUGGCAAGUCGUGGAACGGCAAUGGUAGAACCAAAGUGAGAAUCCAGAAUUCCUGACACUCAGUCCCAUACAAACUUUUAGACCAUGGGGAGGGGGAGCUCCCUCGAACAGGAAGCCAUUCAGAACUGUAGCUGUUGCGUGAGAAUACAAACUGGUGGUGAGAGAGGAGGGUUAGAUGAAACUGUGUAAUAGAAACAUCUGCAUGUUCUUUACCAUUUAGCUCUGACAGUGUUUUCACCAAUGGAACUACUCUUGUGCAUAGAGCAUACAUGGAUUUUUAUUUUUUUUUCUUCCCCAGGAUGACUACAUCUAGUGAAAA